AUGCAUGUAAGAAGAACUCUUGAUUUACACAGUGAGGCAGGAGUGAGGAUAAACAAGACUUUUCAAACCCUUGUUCAUGAUGUUGGUGGACAUGAUAAUUUGAAAUUUGUAGAAAAGGAUGUGAGAAACUACAUUAACAAGGAAAGACGUUUGAUUGCCAAGGAAGGAGAUUCAAAAGCAUUGGUAGAUUAUUUUUGUAGGAUGAAGGAAGAAAAUAGUCAGUUCUGGUAUGAUAUUGAUGUUGAUGAAGACUUUUGCAUAAGAAAUAUAUUUGGGCAGAUGCUAGAAGUUGAGUUGCAUAUGAAUCUUUUGGAGAUAUCAUGCAUGUGUGGGAAGGCACCCAAUGGGAUUGUGACUGAGCAAUGCAAGGCAAUACAAAAUGCUAUUGCAAUAGCUUUGCCUAAUACUCAGCACAGAUGGUGUUUAUGGCAUAUAAUGAAAAAAAUUCCAGAAAUACUGAAGGGAUAUGGUCAAUAUAAACAAAUCAAAUCAACAAUGAAAGAUGUUGUUUAUGAUAGUGUAAUGAAGGAUGAUUUUGAAGAGAAAUGGUAUUCUUUCUUGAAGAAGUUUGAUGUUAAACAAAAUCAAUGGUUGUGUGGAUUAUUCAAAGACCGGCAUAGAUGGGUGCCAAUAUAUUUAAAACAAGAUUUUUGGGCUGGACUAUCAACCACACAAAGAAGUGAGAGCGUACACGCCUUUUUUCAUGGAUAUUUAAACUCGAAGACAAGCCUACAACAGUUUGUGAAGCAAUAUGACAAUACAUUAAAGAGCAAAGUGGAGAAGGAAGUGGAAGCUGACUUUCGCACAAUGAACACGACAAUUCAGUAUGGGUCAAACUCCCUUAUUGAAAGACAAUUUCAAGCUGAGUAUACAAAGGCCAAGUUUGCUGAAGUUCAAGCAGAAUUUAGAGGUAAAAUGAACUGUGCUACAGCAAAAAAAUUUGAGGUUGGAACUAUCAUUUCAUAUAAUGUGUGCGAGGAUUUUAUAUUUAGUAAUCAGAUGAAAGAAGCCAAGUUUGAGGUUAUUUUUAAUAGAGAAAGUAAGGACAUUAGUUGUCAGUGCUUGCUAUUUGAAUUCAGAGGUAUAAUGUGCAGACAUUCUCUUUCGGUGCUUGGAAUUGAAAGAGUUAAACAAAUAUCUUCUAAGUAUAUUUUCAGUAGAUGA